AUGUCUAUCUCUGAAGAAGCCAAUAAGCUCGCCUUGAACCUGGCUCUUGCCGCCAGUAUUGACGGCUCCUUAAAAUGCAGCCCACCUGUUCAAGAUCGUUUCGCCACCACCUGGAGUGGAAUCAAAGAUGCCCAGGCGCUUGCUUUCGGUUUCAUCCUUGGAUAUGUUGAGACGAUCGAGGCCGAAGAUGGCACCCCUCGAUACAUUGUCAACACGGAGUACUCAAACAAGAUCGCGACAUUCAACCUCGUGUCAAACGAAUAUCACCGACGCCGCCAUGCGCAUGAUCAGGAGAUACACACCGGUGACGAUUUAGGAGAGCAGAUCAGUGCAGACGAUUGGAGACGGGUUACUCGAGGAGCCAAGCUACGACUUCUCCAAGACGUUGAUCGCUUAACCAAGUACAUGGUCUCAGGCUUGUAUUCUGUGCGGGCUAAAAUCGAGAUAAGCCCCUCCAAGUUCACAAUUGAAGCUACUCGCUCGAUUGUUGAGAAGGCUAACAAGUGGGGUAUCAGCACGGAAAGAGCCAUGAAGACAUUGACAGAAGAUGUGCGGAUCCUUCUGACAAUGCGGAAAUUACUUCAGGCCAUGGAAGUAAUGGUCCGGGAGGAGACAAGUGACGGCUGGGGUUGGGUACUUGGUUUGGAUAAGCAGGUCCAUCUUUAUGGUGUUAUCAGCAAGGCAUGGUGGUCGAAGGAGUAG